GACAUGAGAAACACUUGAGUUUCAAUUUAUUAAAAUGUAUUCAAACGAGAGUUAGUUUUUGUCACACUUUUAACAAACAAAAUGUUAAUAAAAAAGUGAAUAAAAAGGAGAAAAAAGUGAAAUUUAGUGACAAAUACUCGGAAACUAUUUUAUUACCCAAAAGUAAUUUUCUGGUCAAACACUCCCGAAGUCUCGAAACUAAUAAUGAUAUCUCAGUUGACAUGUUUUGUCGCUUACGGGACACACAGAGUGGACAUAAGGGAGGGUUUGUGUUACACGACGGCCCGCCUUAUGCUAACGGAUCCCUUCAUUUCGGUCACGCCAUCAAUAAAUUCCUCAAAGACAUUAUAUGUCGGCGCAAACUGUUGUCGGGGUUUGAGGUGUCGUACCUCCCGGGUUGGGACUGUCACGGACUCCCCAUUGAACUCAAGGCUCUCUCCAAAGACUCAAACAUUUCAAAUCCAAUUGAAAUCCGAAAUAAAGCCAAACAAUUGGCCUUAAAUGUGAUCGAAGAGCAUAAGAGAUGGUUUAAAAAUUGGGAUAUAAUCGGCGAUUGGGAUAAUCCUUAUCUCACAUUUAAUUCAAAUUAUAUCGGAAACCAAUUGAAAGCAUUUGAGACACUAUUAGAUAGCGGUCUUAUUUAUCGCUCGCAUUCACCCGUCUAUUGGUCUCCGACCGGACGGACAGCUCUGGCAGAAGCGGAGCUUCAAUAUAAUGAACAACACAUCUCGAAAUCAGUUUACGUUAAAUUUAAGUUAUCAACAGUUCCUCCUAUUCUUGAGAAAUACAGCGACAUAUCAGCCCUCAUUUGGACGACCACUCCGUGGACUUUACCCGCAAAUCAAGCCAUU